AUGUCGCCGCGAAUGGAGUCUCGCGUCUCCGCGUUGCGGAGUCGCUCGUCAGUCGUACGCGAUCGCUGGGCGACGAAGAUGGAGUUUUUGUUGGCCGUCAUCGGCUACGCCGUCGAUCUGGGAAACAUCUGGAGAUUUCCAUCUGUCUGCUACAAGCACGGUGGAGGUGCUUUUCUCAUUCCCUACUUGGUGAUGCUGCUCAUUGGUGGAUUGCCGAUGUUCUACAUGGAAUUAGCACUCGGACAAUUCCAUCGAUCUGGUUGUAUCAGUAUUUGGAGGAAAAUCUGCCCAAUGUUCAAAGGAAUCGGUUACGGUAUCUGCUUCAUUUGUACGUUCAUCGCCUGCUUUUAUAAUGCCAUUAUUGCACAUGCCGUCUACUUCAUAGCGAGCUCAGUUUCGGUUAGUAUACAAUUUGAAGUGCCAUGGAGGACGUGCAAUAACUCAUGGAACACUUUGUUCUGCACCAACACGCUGAAUGUCACAUUCGGAAAGAGUGGCGAGCGAUUGACGACACCAAGCGAGGAGUUCUAUUUUUACCAAGUGUUGGAAAUCCAGAAGUCCUCUGGAUUUGAUGACUUGGGUGGAGUGAAGCUGUCGAUGGCUGCAUGUCUUGCGUUUGUUUUCCUUCUAGUCUAUUUUGCACUAUGGAAAGGACCGAAAAGCUCAGGAAAGAUGGUGUGGAUCACUGCCACUGCUCCGUAUGUCGUGCUAAGCAUAUUGCUGGUUCGUGGUGUCACACUUCCAGGAGCCGCUAAAGGAAUAUACUACUAUCUUACGCCCGACUUUGCUAAACUUAGCGAUGCUAAGGUGUGGUCAGCAGCAGCGACGCAGAUUUUCUUCUCUCUUGGUCCAGGUUUUGGAGUUCUGCUGGCUCUCAGCAGCUAUAAUGACUUCAAUAAUAACUGUUACAGAGACGCUAUAAUCACUUCGUCUAUCAACUGCCUAACAUCUUUCUUUUCGGGUUUCGUAAUCUUUUCAACUCUUGGAUACAUGUCGGAGCUAACGAACAAAGAUAUCAGCGAAGUAAGAUUUGAACAUAUUUUCCAUUUUUUAAUUACUUAUAAACUGAUGGAGGGAAAAAUGGAAGAUUUACUGGCGCCCGCUCCAUUCACUCGACGAUCAACGGGACUUCAGGUGAUACAUAGCUUGUGA